GCGGCUUGUUUGCGCGGCUGCCGCUGUUGCUGGUUUCGUGUUCAGGGAAGAGUUAUUCCCAUAGAUAUCGCUCUAUCGUUGCUGUGCCUGUAUCUUUGCGAAUCACUACAGACGUUCCCACAAAAUGCCCCGUUCUUGCGACGUCCUGGGAUGUCCCAACGGUGCAGGCAACUCGUCCGUUUCCUAUCACGUAGUGCCGCGGGACGAACGUCGGCGAUCGCAGUGGCUCGCGGCCGUGCCCAUGCGAAAGCGCGAGGGACGAGCACCGCCCAAGUUAAUGGUGUGCUCGGAGCACUUCUCGCCCAGCGAUUACGUGUACGAUCCCAGUUUGAGACAGUCGCUGGGCUGCCACCAAAGACCGGCGCUGUCCCGCUCGGCUGUUCCCUCGGUCGCGCGUCUGACGCGCAAUGAGCUUGUCUCGCUACAACAAGAGAUCCUUGAAGGGGCAAGUGACACCGGUGCAAGCAUCUUAAGAAUUGACAGCAGUAACACACAUAUAGAAGAAAACACAGAUGUAUUGCCCUUGGUUGUCAGCCUUGUGGAGGGCAAGCCUUCGCCAUCGUGGCACCAAGCUAAUAAACUCAUCUGUGCAGACAGCUGCGUUCUGCCUAGUCGUGUGACACCUGCAGACUUGAGAGAACUCGCGAGGCUUUCCCCACUUCGCAACUCUUAUGAGAGUAUCAGUAGCACCACAUCUACGUCAUCUGAACACGUGGAGUUUAGCCCACUGGACAUGUUGGAUGUCACCCUUGUUGAAGGCCAGCCAUUGUCAUUGCAAUCAAGAACAAGAACAGAUGACCUGUUGUCUCUCAACAGGAAAGACAUCGGCCUUCUCUGCCAACAACGAGGAAACAGAUAUGCAAGCACUCUUUCCUCCGAAUCAUUGGAGAAGAACAUGCAAGACAAGUCACCGAAGCAUCGGACACAACAAGAUCGUGCAGGUUACCAUCCACGGCAAAAGCAUUGGAACUCAGGUGAAUAUGACGAUGAAGGGGGUUAUGAGCGAAAGUCUGCAGGCUGAUAUUGGAGAUAACUUAGUAAUGAAGCUUUGAAGAGGAGGGAACCAACAGUGUUAAUGUAACACCCUGGAAAUCGGAAGUCAGGCAUAUACAACUAGGCUGCAACACAAGACAGAUAAUUCAGAUUGCUCUGCCGGUGUCACUACUGGAUGCCAGGCUGGUAUGUGUAUUGCAGCAUGAAUCAGCAUUGCCAGCGGCUAAUUAGCCUCCCACCAAAAUAAAGCUGAAAAGCGGUAUCAGCCGCAGACACUCGGCAACGCUCCCUGGACUGCAUGAAGUACUGCUAGCUCCAUUACUGUGACAACUCUCAUGGACCAUCGGAAAGCCUGCCUUCUUCAUGUUGCAACACUACUGUCCAGACAAUGGAAUUUUCAGGUGUUCCAGUUGGUGCAAAGCAAUAAUAUGUGCGACACCACCACAUGGGCUGCACAAAAUGGUGGAUUCAAGACAGCUGGUAAUUUAUGCAAGUCUGGCGGGAUCGGCAUUGUUAAUCAGUUGAAAACUAUCACCUUGGGACUGUUAAACACCUCAGAAAAGGUGUGUGUGUGUGUGUGCAUGCAUGACCACUGCAUG